UUUCGCGAAAGUCCAUCUUUUUGCCUUUCGAUGACUACUCUGGUCAGCUUGAACGAGCAUUUGAGCAGCGAGCGGAGGGGAUAAGAGGUGUCUUUGGAGUCAGAUUGCUCCUCACCGUACCCUCAUCAUGUACCGACACGAGCCUCGAGCUACAUACGGCCCUAUGGACAUUGAUCAACCUGAUCCAUCGGCUAGGAUCGCUCAAUUCGCUCUACCAGAUCAUGAGGAGGGUCCCUCGCGAAAACGACCACAUAAUGACCUGUCCUCGCCCUCAAGCCAUGCGUUCCCAUCAAGCUCAACAAGCUCUACCCAGGGUCUACGAUUCGAUUCCAACGUCCCCUUCAUGUUUUACCUUCCCUCUCGGGAUCGUCCAGAGACACCUACAAAAUCCUGGGACUCUAUUUAUGCCAUGGACAUAACGCCUCAGAACCUAGGAUAUGGUCCGACACCUCAACGAGGAAUCGCUAGGGGUGCAGAGGAUGUGGAGAUGUUUGAGAGUCCCGAUAGACGAGUCAUGGAUGAUCGGUCGACAAAUUUACCGUCACCCCCGCCGCCGCCGGCACCUCCGUUGACUGCAGAUAGGCCAGAGACGAAGAGCAGCUCGAAGAGUACAGAUGGAGGUCAAGAGAAUCAUUCUUCUGGAUCCAGGCCCAUAGCAAAGGGAGGUAUGAAAAGGGAAUUGAAACGGAGAGAGAAGAAGAGGGACCAGCAAAGAAAUCAGGGGAAUGUAAGGCCAUAUUUUGCCAUUGAAGGACUGACAAGUCGUCAGACUGAACCUCUAAGGACCGAGCAUCAACAUCAUUACAACUUCCAUACACAUGCUCCGAGUCUACGCCAUACGGAAAUCCCAUCUUUGCUUAUCGGGUAUGUCCAGGUAUUCGUUAAUGUCGCUGUGGUCCUUGCGGUUCUGUACCUCUUUUUACACCUCUUGCUGGCCAUCAGACGAGAUGUCCAUGACAGAAUGAUAGAAGUGUCGACGGAGAUUUUACAAGAGAUAGCAGAGUGUAAUCAUCUGUACCUGACAAAUCGUUGUGAUCCGGCACUGAGGGUUCCCGCCAUGGACGCUCCAUGCAAAGCUUGGGAAGCUUGUCUGAAGCGAGACCCGACAAAAGUCCAACGGACCAGCGUGCUCGCGGAAACAUUUGCCAGCGUGAUCAACUCUUUCGUCGAGCCAAUAAGCUGGAAAACGAUGGGAUUCACAUUGUCCACUUUAUCAUUCUUGGUCAUCUUGACAAAUUCUGCUCUCUGGAACCUCCGUUCCAAAACUUCAUCCCCAUCACGGCAGCCAGAAUACGAUCAUCCGUAUCCUUUCCCUCCACCUCAUCAGCUUCAAAAUUGGCCUUAUCCUCAACAUUCCGCCGCUGCUCCGUCCGGCCUCGCUUCGAAUGAGAAGAAGCAGAUAGGCUAUGGACCCAAGAAAUGGUGGAAGCCUUGGUAGUUGCAUGCAUGGUCGUUCCCAUAUAGCC